AUGUGUGUCCACCCCACGCACAUCCGCCCGUUCCCGCGGAUACUCAAGUGGUGCCCUCGAAUAAUUCCCUAUCUACUUCCCCCCGACUUCCGUAUCUGGGGUGCCAGCCACCUUGACGGCCAGCAGCUUGCCCCGCUUACCCAAUCUCUUCUCCAGCUGACGGACGCCCAGCAAAAGGACUUUGAUAUCUCGGGCACCGUCAAACAAGUGACAUCUGCCAAUCCCUUUGGAUUGCAGAGUUCGCAGAUUGCCUGCAUUCCGUGCGAUCCUUCGUUUUACACCGGGAAUUUAGACGCCGGCCAGACGCUCGACUACGUUGUCGGCCAGGAUCCUGCAGCCGUCAUCCUCUACAGUGACUCGGCCACCCAUUGCAAUCUUUCGACUGAUGCUUCCGCCGAGUCUUUUCGCUACGUCUUUACACUGAUCGGCUACAAUUCGACGACCAUUACCGCACUGCAAGAGACCUUCAACUCUCCCAACAAGACUGUGAACAUCAUCGCCAUGUCAACCAUCAAUUCAACCGGCUACCCCGGCACCGCCGACCCAGGCGGAGGCACCGGUAACGGUCCAAACACUGCGAUGAUCAUCCUGUACACCAUCACGGGUAUCAUCACCGCAUUGUUCUUGGGUAUUAUCAUCACGGGCGCUGUCCGUGCCCAUCGCCAUCCUGAGCGAUACGGCCCUCGCCGAUCUGUCGGUCGGCCACGACAAAGUCGAGCGAGAGGCAUUGCACGUGCCAUGCUCGAAACGAUACCAAUCGUUAAAUUCAAUGAGAACGAUGGUGUUGACGCCGCCAAGCGAGAUGUCGAGAUGGCCCAUUCGAAUGACCCCAACCAUGAACAUUCCCCGACCAACUCUCAAGAGAACGUGGCCGGCCAAACAAUUCCCCAUGAGACCGAGAUGGAGACCACGAACCAGCCAGAUGACCGACUGACCCCGGCUCCUGGACCCCGGACUGACGUAACCGAAGCGGGUAACUUCUCAUGUCCCAUUUGUACCGACGACUUUAUCAAGGGCCAGGACCUGCGUGUACUCCCUUGUAACCACCAAUUCCACCCCGAGUGUGUCGAUCCGUGGUUGAUGAAUGUGUCGGGCACAUGUCCUCUCUGCCGUAUCGACCUCAACCCAGCCAAGGAAGGAGAAAACGGAGAACAUCCAGAAGGUGAAAUUGGCGAACACGCCGAAGAAACCGCAGCCGAGGGCACCGCGGCCGACGGAUCCCAAGGCCGCCACGGUCACCGAUUCACCGGCUACCUGAACGCUCGGCGUAUGCACCACGCCAGCGUUGAAGAGCGCCUCGUCGCCCUGCGCCGCGUGCGCGAAGCCAAUCAAGAUCAGCCGACCGAUGAAGCGUCUCGUCCCAGUCGCACCCGCCUCGCCACCCGUCUCCGCGAACGCUUCCGCAUUCGCACGCGUGCGCACGGCGUCGAGAACACCAGCCCCGGCGAGAGCGGUACCACGACCCCGACCGUCCCGGCCCCGGCGCAUAUGGCCCCGGAGUCGACAUGA